AUCUUCAAUCAGAAAAUGGUAUCCGACGAAUCGUUCGCGAGUGUCAUCCGGGCGAAUGUCGCCUUGCUGAGAUUAUCCGGCGUGGUAUCGUACAAGAAUGGAAAUAUCCGGCAAACAAAAUCGCAGAACGUUCUCGUCGCGAUCGCUUACGGUUGUCUCUUCGCAUACGCAAUCUUAUACACAUACGAAUUCGCGUUGCAUACCGUCUACCUCGACACUUGGAUGGAGUCAUUCGCGAUGAUACUCUCCCUCGUGGGUGGGCAAGCGCGGUUCACGUUCGUUCUCUUAUUCCGUAGCAGGUUUCAGCGAUUGCUAAUGAUCUGCGAGAAACUUUGGAUGGCAUUAAACGCGACCGAGAAAAGGUGCGUGCGCGAUUACGUGAAAGCAACGAGACGUCUGACCUAUUAUUAUCUAUUUGGAUGUGCCUUCACGAUUUUUUUCUAUGCCGUCGCGAGUCUCUUUAUGGGACAGCACGACGAUUCGUCGAACACGACAAUGAGAACCUUGCCAUACGCCUGUCCGGUCCAGGUUCAUCGGUCACCCUAUUAUGAAAUAAUGUACAUUCUGCAAUUGAGUAGUAUGAUCAACGUUGGUCUCACCUGCGCCGCUGCAGAUACCCUCGGACCAGUGCUCAUCUUGACCGUUUGCGGCCACUUCAAGGUCCUCAAUUCGCGAAUCUUGUGUCUCAGCAAUCGCGACCGGGUAUAUUCGGAAAGCUCGUGUCCAACGUCUGCUGAAUUCCUCGAGAUAACCCAUGGUGUAUCGACAAAUCGUGCGAAAUCUGAUCUUGAAGCCUGCGUACACUAUCAUCAAACGGUACUCGAAUUUUGCAAUGAAGUUGAGAAACUCACCAAUGGCAUCUUUUUAACGCAGCUUCUCAGUAGUACGUACAACGUCUCCCUUGUAGGAUUUAAAUUAGCGGGGGAUGAUCCCGAUAAAUUUAAAUAUGCAUCACAAUUAUUAAUUGCUAUAAUUCAAUUGUUUUUAUGUAACUGGCCGGCGGAUGUUCUUCUCACCGAGAGCCAAGACGUAGCCAGAGCGAUAUAUUUUACAUCGUGGUAUCGCUUUCCGUACCAGCUAAAAAGAUCUCUAAAUAUUAUCACGACGAGAGCUCAGAAACCAGCGCAAUUGACCGCAGGAUAUAUCGUACCGUUGUCCUUGCCAACUUUUGCAUCUAUGGUAUCAUCCGCGGCAUCCUUCUUCACUAUGAUACGCAGUAUGAAUUGAUAUUAUUUUAUCGAUGACGUUAAGACGAGAUGUUUUGCGUAGAGAAUCUAUGAAAUUGUGUUAACAUUUAUAUGAUUAUUAUGAUAUUAAAGUUUG